AUGCCUACCACCACUGCAGAAACUCUUUCUCUCGUCACCCGAAACGUUUCCGUUGCCCCUCUGGUGCUACUUUCAGCGGUAGAUCAUUACAAUCGGACGGCUCAGAAAAAUAAGAAAAGAAGAGUAGUUGGCGUGCUUCUAGGCCAGAACGACGGCAAAAAUGUAAGAGUGUCAAAUAGCUUUGCCGUGCCGUUCGAAGAAGAUGAUACAGAUCCGUCAGUCUGGUUUUUGGAUCACAACUAUGUGGAAUCUAUGAAUGACAUGUUCAAGAAAGUCAACGCGAGAGAGAAACUGAUCGGAUGGUACCAUUCUGGCCCGAAGCUGCGAGCCUCGGAUCUCGAGAUUAACGAGCUGUUCAAGAGAUACACACCUAACCCGCUGCUCGUAAUCAUUGAUGUCCAACCAAAGGAAUCGGGAGUGCCAACCGACGCCUACUUUUCCGUUGAAGAAAUCAAAGAUGAUGGCACUACCACUUCGAGAACUUUUGUCCACACGCCUUCUAUCAUUGAGGCCGAGGAGGCUGAGGAAAUUGGCGUCGAACAUUUACUACGAGAUAUCCGAGAUGUCGCUGUUGGCACUUUAUCUACACGCGUUACAAACCAGCUUCAGUCGCUUCAAGGCCUUCACUUACGAUUGAGAGACAUUGGCGCGUAUCUUCAGAAGGUUCUAGAUGGCCAACUGCCCGUCAAUCACGCAAUCCUAGGUAAUCUGCAAGACGUCUUCAAUUUACUGCCAAACUUGUCCUCUCCUGAGGUGGAUGGAGAAUCUCGGGGGGGUGAAUUAGCAUAUGCCAUGAGUAUCAAAACCAACGAUCAACUCAUGGCUAUCUACUUGAGCAGCUUGAUACGUGCCAUCACUGCAUUCCAUGAUCUUAUAGAAAAUAAGAUACAGAACAGGCAGCAACAGGAUGAGAAGGAGGCAAAAAAAGAGGAAAAUGCUGCUAAAGAAGAGAAAAAGGAAAACGGCGUCAGCGGACAUAACGGCGAGCCCAAGGAGAGGAGUGACAAACAGAAGGAUGGCAAAGACAAGAAGAAAUAG